UCUUAACCGGGGGAAUUUUGAAUUUGUUUGCAGGAGGAGCAAAGUAUAGGAUGUGUUUUAAUGGUUUCUUUCAGUAAAGUUUGUUAGACGGUUGCACACUUUUUAAAAGUAACUUAGACUCGCUUUAACCUUAACAAGUACAAUGGCUGAAGAUAUCGCCUCUGCAAGUACAAUGCAGGCUGAAACAAACGCUGGCAUUCCAGAGUUGCAAAUUAAGCCUGUAGCAAAAUGUGACGAGGGAGCGGCUUCGUCUCUAAUACAAAAUGAAAUACAAGAAAAGAUCGAUUUGGAAACAGAAGUUGAAAUGGAACCUGCUGGAAUCGAUCAGAUGCCUGGUGAAAUUCUGUAUAUAAAGCAAGUUCUUUUUCAGGAAAAUGAUGAAGAUGAAGAUACCGAGGAAGAUGAUGACAGUUGUAGUGAUUAUGGCAGCAGUGACAAGCCAGGCACAGUUUUACAGAGGGCAGAAUGCACAGGAAAUGUUGCUUUCCCUGACAUCUUCCAGACUAACCAGCUUCUGUUUUAUGAGAGGUUUAAAGCUUAUCAAGAUUACAUGCUAGGUGACUGUAAAACCUCAGAAGUUAGAGAUUUUACUGCAGACUACUUGGAGAAGGUUCUGGAGCCCUGUGGCUGGCGUGCUGUGUGGAGCACAGAAGUGUUUGAUGUACUGGUUGAGGUGGUGGAUGUGGAGUGUUCCAGUCUGAAAGCCAGGGUGGAGCUGGUUCAGCCUCUCCUGUGUGAGAGAAAAGGCUGUGAGCUCACAGAGGAGUCCAUGAGGGACCUGCUGGAGGCAAAAGAACAUCAAGUGCCUUUGCAGGAACUCAGUGUUGUGUUUGAUGAAUCAGGGGAAUUCGAUCAAACAGCACUUGCUUUAGAGCACUUAAGGUUUUUCUACAAACAUAUCUGGAGAAAGUGGGAUGAAGAGGAUGAAGAUGAUGAUUUCGAUUACUUUGUCAGAUGUGUGGAGCCAAGACUAAGACUGUACUAUGAUAUCCUGGAAGACCGGGUGCCCACUGGCUUGGUUGCAGAGUAUCACAGUUUUCUGUUGAAAUGUGAAGAGAAGUACCAAGAAUUUACAAGCCUCAGAAACACCAUCAACAGUGACUCGGAGUCUGAACUGGAUAAUGUUUCUAUGGUGGAAGGCUUGAAAAUGUACGAGGAGAUGGAGUCUUUGAAACGCAAGCUGAAGAUUAUAGAAAAUCCACUUCUCAGGUACGUGCUGGGAUACAAGGUGAACUCCGGCCUGCAGUCUAGCAGAGCAAAGGGUCGUCGCCCCGGAGGAGAGAGGAUCGUACAUGUUGUGUCUGCUUCCAUGAAUGUUAGCCAGCUGCAGAAUCUGAUGAAAAAUAAACUGUGUCCAGAUUUUUCCAGUGAGGAGUUUGAGCUACAGUUUCACAGUGAUCCUUUGGCAGCAGUGAAUGUCUGUCAUGAUGGUGAUGUGGUUCUCGUCUGCCCAGGCCAGUAUGCUGUGAAUGGCUCAUUUAGUAUUCCAGACUCCAUUGAGGUGGAAGGGUUUGGUUUACCUGAUGAUGUUGUCAUUGAAAAGAAAGGAAAGGGGGAUAACUUUGUGGAUUCAACAGGUGCCAAUGUCAAGAUUUCCAACUUGAAGUUUAUCCAGCAUGAUGCAAUUGAGGGCAUUUUAUGUGUUCGUCAAGGAAAAAUGCUCUUGGAAAACUGUGUGUUCCAAUGUGAAACAACAGGAGUUAUUGUGCGGACAUCGGCGGAAUUGACAAUGAACUUGUGCGACUUAUAUGGAGCAAAGGGUGCUGGUAUAGAAAUAUAUCCAGGCAGUACCUGCAGUCUGGUUGGAAAUGGAAUUCACCAUUGCAAAGAGGGAAUACUUAUCAAGGACUUCACUGAUGAAUUAUAUACUAUGCCUAAAAUUACUAUGACGAACAAUGUGAUCCACAACAAUGAAGGCUAUGGGGUCAUCCUCGUUAAACCAACUGAUCUGACUCGAGUGAGGAAGUGUACUGAAGCAGUUUUUCAAGAUGAGUUGCAGGAGAAUGGAAUAGGUCAGAAAGAGGAAGCCAGCCUGGAGGCAGAAAUGGCCAGUGCUCAGACAGAGCGAUGUUUGAUGGAAGGAAAAGCACAGGAAGACAAGCCAGGUCCUCCAGAGUUCACAGAGGGCAACGAUGUCAUUAAAAAUGAACUGGUGGCCACAUCUGCCAAGAAAAAGCAGUUGCAGAAGAAGAAGAUGAUGGAGCUGGGAAUAACGCAGCCAGAUGACAGUUUGAUGUCGCAGGAAAUGUUUGUGUCAAUUGAGGGAAAUCAGUUCAGGCGGAAUGGCAAAGGAAGUUUUGGCACUUUUUUGUACUGAGUUUUCAGCAAUCCUGUUGUAGGGUGAAAGCGCAGAUACAAAACACUAAAUAUUGCACAUAUACAGUAUAUUUAUUCUUUUAUUUAAAGAACUUGACAGCAAAAUACACUUUCACUGAAAGAAACCAGACUGCUCAAAGAACUUUUACAUUUUUAUCUGGUCCUUUUAACUUAGUAAGACUGCUUCAAGCAGGAGUUGAAUAUUCUGCUGUGCACUAAUGCAAUUACGUUUACUGUAAAGAGCCUUUUAAGUAGUACUAGUAUUUCCUUUUAUUUUCAUGCACUAAAUGCUGUAAACGUUUAUAUAUGAAUGAUGAACAGUAAUUACUGCAUGCACAUGGUUUAAUUUUCUUAAACUUCACUAGCAUUUUGUCUAUGGGGAUGGGAAUAUAAUUACUCACAAAUUAGGGCAUCGUUUUGAUUUCAUCUGUUCUUGGGGACAAGUUGUCAUUUUUGUACUCGAUCACCAAUGUGUUAUUGAAUUUGUGUUAUUGAGGGUUUGAAUUGAGAAGUUUCAAAUAAAAAUUAACAGGCUUGUA